AUGAAGAACAAAAGCGUCGCAUCGAUCAACAAGAAACACCGCAGCCCAAUGCUGAGCCUGACUACGAGCCUGCGUAUUCUCGAGAGCACAGCCUUGAUCAGUCUGUACAAGAUGAAGGGUUCUAUCCACCUGCCCGCCGUCAUCCCCGCGGUCCAAUACGAGAGGCCUGCACCACAGAGAUACAAUAGUCGCCCUGACGACUACAUGUACUACGAAGAAAGGGAGAGACCCUUGCCUAGGCGAGCGGCGCCGGAGGCAGAGAGUGAUGUAUACGAGCCGCCGCAACCAGAAAUCAAGGUGGAAAGCGUGCCUGUGCCCAUGCCGCCGGAGGCGUCUUGA